GACCGAUGGCACUCAGUACUUUCAAAUAAUAGACAAAACAUUUUCUGUGAUAACACACUAUACUAACUACAUAUAUUGUAAUUUUGCUUCCGUUUAAUAGCUUAACUUUUAUUUUAAGUAUUAAUUUUUAAUAGUGCGUGCUCAAAAUAUGAAUAUGGACGCAUUUCUGAUGCAAGUUUACAUUCUUAGCAUACUGGGAGUGAGCCAAGCUCGAAGUCGACUAAUAGAACUGCUGCCAGGAUUCGACAGCUUUAAAUAUUGUCUGGAACCGCCGCCCCAGUGUCCAAAUCCAAACAUAACGUUCCAUUUGUACACAAGGUACACAAACGACUACGUGUUAGACAACACAGAUCCGGACAAUCUAUUGCAAGCGCCGUUUAUAUUAAAUGCACCCAUCAAAAUUCUCAUUCACGGUUACACGGGAAACAAGGAUUAUUCGCCGAAUAUCGAACUUAGACCAGCAUACUUGACGUACAAAAACUUGAACGUCAUAUCGGUGGACUACAAGGACCUGGUGCAAGAGCCGUGCUACGUGCAAGCGGUACACAACGUGCCGCUGGUGGGCAAGUGCACGGCCGCGUUCAUCAAGCACUUGUUUCGCGUCCGAACAGACUUGGACUUCAAAGACCUGCACGUGGUCGGUUUCAGUUUGGGCGCUCAGGUGGCCGGCCACAUAGGGCGGCUGACCAACGGCACAAUCCAAAGGAUAACCGGCCUGGAUCCGGCUUCUCCUCUGUUCGACACUUACAUUGUCUCCAACGAGAUGCUGGACAAGUCUGACGCCGUCUUCGUGGAUGUCGUUCACACCAACAUCGGUUACAAGGGCAAAUCCGUGCCGUUGGGCAACGUCGACUUCUACGCCAACAACGCCAUGAUACAACCCGCGUGCGGCUUCAAUUCGACGUGCAGUCACGUUCGAGCCGUCGAGUACUACGCCGAGUCUAUAAUGGCCAAGAAUGAAUUUUUGGCAGUCAGAUGCAUGAGCUAUUUACUAUACACGUUGGACUUUUGCGAACCAUCCAAUCUGAGCAAUCUCGUUCGAAUGGGCGAACACGUACCACAGACAGCCAAAGGAAUAUACUAUUUUAUGACCAACAGCCAAGCCCCUUUUGCUCGAGGACUAUCGCCAUAUCGAGAAGCCAAACCAAAGACGUCCUCCGGACUGAAAAUAUCUCCGUCAACCCUUUCGUUGGGAUCUCUUAAAAACUUUUUUAUCCCACAAUAGGUUCAAACCUGAUGGCAUUUAUUAUAUUUCAUUGUGUUUUUUUUUUUUUACACGUUAUGUAUAUAACUUGUAACGUAUGUUGAACUCAACAAAAAAGUUCCACAGUGGAUUACUCUACUACAUAUUAUAUUACGGCAUUUCAUUAUUAUUGUUGUAAUUAUUAUUAUUAUCUUUAUCAUUAUUUACUACAAAUAAUACCUUAAAUACAAACAGUUGAUAGAAAUAAUUUGUAAAUGUAUACUAAAAAGAUUUAAAGUAUAGUCAUUAUAGUAAACAGUCGUCG